AGCGAGAGCGGACGUGUGUCUGGGUGUGCUCCUGCGUGCGUCUCGGUCUCCUGGCUUUUUACGUGCAGUCGCGAGUUCUCUCUCAUUUCGCCUUCGGGGGGGGCGUCGAAAUUUCGGCUCCGUUUCCCUUGGCUCUUUUUUGGGGGGCUUCGUGAUUCGCCCGAUGGGAGUUUGAAGCAGUCGGUCCCCAUGACGAGAAAUUGUGUCUUAUUUAGAUAUUGUGGUUUUGAAGUGAUCGAGAUGAUAUGACAAGCAGUUCUCUUGGUGGAAUUUUGACCGAGAGGGAAAAAGCACAGAUUAUUGGCCUUUAUUGAAGUUUUUUUUUUCUUUUUUUUUCCUUAUUAUUAUCCUCCUUUUGACUUUCCUCGUGGUUUGGGAUAGUUCCAAAGAGUUUUAUCAUUGAUGGCAAGAACUAUAACAACGUUGAUACUUAUUAAUAAGAGGAGUUAAUAGAAAAGAAAAAGAAAAAAAAGCUCUUACUUAAGAAAAAGAGAGAAAAGAAAGAAAAAAAAAAUACUACACCAGGAAAUGAAAAUUAUAAGAAGCUGAAAGAGAAAUUCGAACCAAUAAAGAUGCAGAGACAGUUAAAGAUGGCAGUCUCCGUAGUGGUGCUGUGGGCGUGUCUGUGCGCCGUGUUGGCGUGUCCGCGCGAGUGCCGCUGCUCCCUGGACGAGCGCGGGCGGCGCGGCGUGCGGUGCGAGGGCGGCGGGAUGCGCGACCCGGUGCCCGUGCUGGACAUGGGCUCCGACACCGAGCUGCUGGUGAUCGCGGCGCCGCGGGAGAAGCCGAACGCCCUGUCGCUCGGGCCCAUCUUCCGCGGGCUGCGCCACCUGGAGGAGAUCCACAUCACGUGGUCCGGGGUGCCGGCCCUCGGCGCCCACUCCUUCUGGGGCCUCCACCGCCUCCACGUCCUUAACUUCACCAACAACCACAUCUCCGCCCUCAUGGACACCAACUUCCGCGGCGCCGACGCCCUGCGCCACCUGGACCUGAGCCGCAACCGCAUCCAGAGCGUGCCCUCCGCCGUGUUCCGCCACGUGCGGCACCUGCGGACCCUCUCGCUGGCCCACAACGUGGUGCCGGACCUCGUGCCUCGGAUCUUCUUCGGCCUCACCAAGCUGGAGAAGCUGGACCUGAGCUACAACCCCCUCGGCGACCUCCAGCCCGAGAGGUUCACCGACGUGCCCGACCUAAGGCAGCUGUCCUGCGCCGGCUGCAGCCUCAUGUCCAUCAGCAGCACCCUCCUGCAGUCGCUGUCGCAGCUGCGGGAGCUGGACCUGCGCAACAACCGCCUGACGCAGAUCCCCAUCGGCGUGGCGUCCGCUGCCUUACCCAACCUGGUCAGCCUCAAGCUGGACGGCAACCACCUGUCGUUCGUGGAGCGCGGCGCCAUCUCCGGCUCGCCGCUCGUCAGCCUCCACCUGGCGCACAACCGCAUCAGCCGCCUCGAGGUCGACGCCUUCUCCAACAGCUCCAUCAAGCACCUGGACCUGUCCUACAACCGCAUCUCGCACCUCGAGCCCGGCGCCCUCGAGGACAUCCUCGACCAGCUGCACGAGAUCAAGCUCUCGGGCAACUCGCUGCACGUGGACCAGCUGAUGAGCGUGCUGCCCAACGCGCGCCAGCUGCGCUACCUCGGCCUGGGCGACAUGGGCCACACCAAGCUCCCGGCCGAGCUGCUGCGCCACUCCCGCCACCUCCACCACCUCAACCUCUCGGCCAACUACCUGGCGGCGCUCUCCACCGAGGUGCUGUAUAACGCCCCCCACCUGUACACGCUCGACCUCUCGCUCAACAGCUUCCGCGGCCUGGAGGAGCAGCUGGUGGAGUCCAUCACGGCCGCCUCCGAGCUGCGCACGCUGCGCCUGGAGGGCAACCCGUGGCAGUGCGACCAGUGCCACGUGGGGCCGCUGCUGCGCUGGCUGCAGGACGCGCCCGACCAAGAGUCCGGCUGCGACGAGCCCAGGGUGUGGACCUGCCUCAAGUGCGUCAGCCCGCGGAGCGUGGCCGGCCUGCAGCUCGCCCUCCUGCCCCCCGGAGACCUGCCGCCCUGUCCCUUCACCACGCCCCCCGCAGCCGCCGUCUGGCCGACGUGGGUCGAGCCCUCCUACAGCGUCGUCACAGACGAGCCGGAGUUCCCUCGGGGAGAGCUUAGUCGGCAGGAGGACGCCGAGGGCGGCUGGUCCCUCCAGCGCCUGAUAGAGGAGGAGCUGUACUUGGUCAUCGUGGUCGGCUGCGUGGUCGUGCUGCUGCUGCUCGCCCUCAUCGUCGUCGCCGUCGUCCUGUACAACCGCCACUCCGCCUUCUACUACACGUACGAGGACGACCCCGAGAAGAAGGAGAAGCUGAUGAAGGCGAAGGACAGCAAGAACAACAACGGCCCGGCCACGAAGACCCCGACCAAGGGCGUCGCCGACGCCACCAUCGCCACCAUCGACGAGAUGACGGACAUCGCCGGCUCGCAGGAGGUGCUGGAGCCCGGGCAGACGCGCAAGAGCGCUCUCAGCGGCUCGCCCGCCCUCAACCACUCGCCGGCCCUCAACCACUCGCCAGGGACCAACCACUCGCCCGCAGUCAGCGCCUCUCCUGUCGCCAACCACAACCACUCGCAGAGCAACUCGCCGGCGCCCACGCAGAACAACGCCCACCCUCAGAACCACUCGACGCCCGCCCACAACGGCCGCACGCCCACCCAGUCUCCAGUCCCCAACGUCGUCCAAGAGGCAGAGGGGCGAGCCGAAAGCCCGACGCUCUAGUAGAGUGGCCCUUAUAGACAAGUUUCUUUUCGUGUCUUUUUUUUCUGAGAAAUUAUUUCAGAGUCUUAAGGAGAUGUGGCCACGAGAACGGUCGAGCUGGCAUACUAAACACGCGAAAGCAUAAACACACACACACACACACACACACACACACACACACACACACACACACACACACACACACACACACACACACACACACACACACACACACACACACACACACACACACACACACAUACAUACAUAACCAACCACAAUUACAGAAAUAAACACACGAUCACACACAUACAUGUACAGUAUAUAUAUUUUGUAUGGACGUGUAUCUAAAACUGGUUGUACGGCUGUGACUGAAAUGAAAGCAAGAAGUUACAUAGUGCUUUCACAAUGACUGGUGGUUGGGGGCGUGGCUUAGGUCACGUGACUUUCCGGAGGCGUUACUCGGAGGCGUUGCAUCAGUGUGAGUCUACGUCCCCGGGUGAAUGUGUAUUGCAGAGAUAAGAAAAAAAAACGUUGCAGAGACAAGAAAAAGUUGUAAAAGAAGUUGUAAAGGGACCUGUUAUAGAAAAAGGAGAAAGAGAGGUAUGAACGAAUAGCUCAGAGUAUUUAUUUAGCAAGACGAAUACCACACAGAAAAAAAAGAAUAUAUAUAUAUAUGAUUUCCCCAAGAAAGACUUUGAUGUAUUCCAUAAAAGAUCAAGACAAAGUUAUAUAUAAAAAAAAGAUGUAAAGAUUUUAUGUGUGAAAGAACUAUAUAACCAUUCUGUUUUUAUGUGAUGCCUCCUGCUCUUUCUUCUUCCCCCUUACGAACUCUGCAUAUCAAGCUUUCGUUAUUCCUGUCGCGUACGUUACGGACAGAGGUCAUCGUUUUUCCUGUCACGUACGUUACGGACAGGGCUCGUCGUUAUUCCUGUCACGUACGUUACGGACCAGGUCAUCGUUAUUCCUGUCACGUACGUUACGGACCAGGUCAUCGUUAUUCCUGUCACGUACGUUAUGGACGGGGGGUCAUUCCCAACCAGCGUGACGUCACUGUGCUGAGCUGAGCCGUAACACCAUAGACACACAUGUUAGUCUUCCAAAGAGAGAAUUCCUACUCUUAACCUCUUCAAGAAAUUCCAGGAAAAAAGAGGAGGAAAAUAAACCGAUGUAUUGGACCGGCAGUAGCUUCUCAAUAUAUAAUUUUUUUUUUCUCUCUCUCUCUCUCACGAGGAAAAAAAAUAUAAAGGAAGAAUUGAAAAGGAAUGUUCUGAUCAACAGGUGACUCAUGCUCACUAACUUGGUCCUUUUUUUAAAAAUUAAAUAUAAUGAUAUCAAAAGAUUUCAGAAAGGCCUUUUAUGUGCAAGUUCUGCCGUUCCUACUCUCUAGUGUUUGUGAUUUAUGAAGGAUUUUUGUAUAUUGCAGCAAAAGAUAAUAAUAAUGAUAAUAAAUAAUUUGAUAUUUUUUCACGUGCUCAUGAGAGAGAUUAAAUAUCUGAUAAGACAAGAGUCCUUUUCGACUGUCUCCUUUCAUUACAUGUUCUUUCAUCUUUUUUCAAUAUACAUAAAGUAAUUAAAAGCUGUAACAAAGAAUAACAUUUUUCUUUUGUUAAUAUUCUUGAAUGCUUUGAAAUUUUUCAACUUCUCUUAAUUUCUCAAGUAAAUCACUCUUUUAAAAAAACACACACAAACUAAAAGAAAAAAACAUAGUAAAUCUUAAAUCUCAAAUCAGUCUUGAACCUUUCAAUCCGAUUAUUAAUUCAAACCUUCGAAAACUGGACAAAAAAGUCGCAAAAGGGCUUUUCAAUUAAAAGAUUGUUUGGUAUUUGCCUAUAUGAAAACAAACAAACAACAAAACACUCUUCAUCCUGCAGCAUAUUCUGUAUUUGUUGUACUAGUCACUAAUUUGUUUUUUAUUCCUUUACCAUAUAUGUAUGAUAUAUAUACACACAUGAGACAUUAAGUGUUUAUAUGAAAAGGUUUCCCAGUGAUUCUGUCAUCUACGCCAUUAAGACUUACGUUUUACACAGUGGCAUUCAUAACUGAGAUUAAAA